GGAUUUAGUUUGGCUCGGAUGACACAGAGGACAGGGAGGUGGUAAUCAGAUCAGCUGCAUCAUCAGCUGGAUGGGUCAUAUUCACACCGAGAUUCACACCGUCACACAGGACAUGACAGCCGCGCUGCACUCAGGGACCUAGCGAGGAAUAGAGAAGAAACACCAGCAAAUAAACAACCUUAAGUGAUUCAAAGGCUUGUAAUGAUGGAAUCAAAAGACCCCAGAGCCAGCCCGGGAGGUCCGAUCUCUCAGGAUGACAGCGGUCUGUGGAUGAAGAUAACCUCUAACACCCCUGUGACGGACCACACAGAUGAGCCAUGUGGUCAGAGGCCUCGAGAUGAAACCUUAUUCGUCCCCCUUGCACCUGCAGUGAUCACUAGAUAUGUUAGUGUGAUGGAUGAUGAGGGAACAGACGAUGUUUUCAUCCCUCCUCCUCCAUCCUACAUGGCUCCUUUGCUGCCAGGCGAGGGCAGCACAGAUGCUACGGCGAAUUAUUCCGGUUUGACCCUUACAAAUGGGGCAGCUGACGCCACAGAAGCUGAGGCUAAUCCCAGCGGCUUAGACUGGCAUCACGCUGAGAAGCAGUUAAUGGCAGGACAGAGCGAGGUGGAUAAAGUGAUAGCAAGCACACCGCAGACUUCCGAGGAGUCGAAAAACGACUCCAAUCUACCCAAAUAUCAAGACCAAACAUCCAUGGAGGAAAUAUGUUAUUUAUCCGGAAGACAGCGUCAGGAAAUCACAACAGGAGACGAAGAAUCAAAAUUGGAGCAUGAGGAUAUUGCAAUUUUGAGUGAGAGGCAGGAAAAGAGGAGGGAAACGGAAGCAGAGAAAGACAAAUAUCCAAAACAGGUACCUUCAAGCGUUGAUGAAAAAUCAGAAAAUGAGACGCAUUUUGACAAAAAUGGAGACCAAACACAAUCCAAAGAAAUGUGUGAUGUCCACUGUGACGAUGAGGAGAGUGAUGAGGACUUUGAGCCCAAUGGGCCACCAGAGCUCAGCAAAUGCAACCAAAACACGACUGACGCAGCAACCAAUCAGCCACAGGUGCCAGAAAUCCCAACACAGGUGUCAAAUGGUGAUGAAGUGCAUACCGUCACAAAGCAUGACUGGGUGAGGAGAGAGAGUGACACAAGCGAAAUGCAAGUGUCCCGACUCUCCGUCUCUGAAGGCGACAAAGAAAUGCCAACGAUGGAAGAACAGGAGGAUGGAAGCAGGAGAAUAGCAACAGAUAUCCAACAAGGAGAGCACCUGCUUCAACGCCUGCAAUGUUUGCAGCUGCAACAGGAUGGGUGUUCACCAGAGAGUCCUCAUAACUCCCAGAAGGUUGUGCAAGAGACGAGAGGCGAGACAAAGGGUGUGUUUGGGAGUAAAAUAGAUGAUCUGAAAGCAAGAGAAGCCGAUCUGACAUGUGGAGAUGAGAGGGAAGAGAGUGGGUUUUACACUGCAAAGACAAACCUAAAGAUUGGAAAAAAUGAGAGUCACGACGCUGAAGCAAACGCAAAGAUGACUUUGUCCACGACGCCCGUAGAGUUGGAGCUUCAGGCGAUUGCCGGAGACUCUGACGAGGCAGAUAAUCCAGAUGUGAUCGAGAUCCCCUUUAAAACCAAUAUCUUGUUUGAGCCACUACCCACCAAGGAUGGCCCCCAUGGCGACUGGCAGUUCUCCGAGCAGAAGAUGAAGAAGGAGAUAAGUCAGGAGAUCCAGAGAGAGCUGGUGCUUGUAAACCAGGGGAAGAUCCCAGGUGGGUACAGCAAAGGGGAAGUCCGCCAGUUAAAGGAGACAAAAUUGCUGUUUGAGGCUUUCCAGCAGGAUAACACGGACGGUCCAAAAAGGCAACGGAAACCCCGUACCUCACUGAAGAAAGGUCGCGUUUACCCAUCUGUGCUAGAGCGCACACGUAGCCUGGAGAUGCUGUCACUCAAAAGUUGCCCUAUUUCCAGAGCACAUUCCCUCAGGCAGUAUAAAGAGACUGAGAAAAACCAUGAAAUCUUAAGAUCGAUGAGCCAAACUGGCGGAUCACGAGACAAAACACGCUUACUCGCCUACACAAAACAAGACAAACGUGUGUACAGAAGCAUGGACUCCAUAAAGACAGAUGUCUCAGCGUCAGCUGUGGAGACCAGGAGGAGAUCUCAGGACAGAAAUGCAACCCAAGAAUCUCCCAUCCUCCAACGAAACCCUUUUUUCAAGUUGCGUCCAGCCUUGGCUCUGAAGCCGGAAGUAGAGAAGGACAUCCGGGAGGCCAAAGAGAGAGAGGAGGAGCUGCGCAGACAAAGAUGCGAUCUGUACGGAGAGAAGACGCAGAGGGGUGAAGACGGAGAGAAGUCACGAUUCAAAGAAAUGUUUGCACCAGGUGUCGGGAAACAGUCCAGCGGGAAACUGGAACGUGUUUGGCCGCCUCCGCCCUCCGUGAAAGACCAGAUGAAAUCUGAGCAGACGCAGCAGGAGUCAAAGGUUCAGCGAGCUGGAGGACAGAAGUCUCCUCUGUGGCAACGCUGGGAGGCCGGUCUCAUCAACGGAGAAGGACAGGAGAAGAACUGAUGUUGGCAAUUUCGAUGUCUUCAACACUACAAAUAGAAUAUAAAUGAUGCUAUGCUAUUGCUGCACAAGUCCAAGAGUAAUCAACAUAACCAAAAUCCUGAAAGUAGUUCCGGCUUGAUCGCUUUCUGUCUCUUCUAGCUCUGCUUCUGUGUCAAACACAUGUUUUUGACAUAUUUAAA